UUUUUAAAGCUAUGCCACCCCCAUAACUCCUUGCUCUCGCUCCUCCCCUCCUCUUUCCGCCAUAUUUCCGUGCCGCUGCGGUGGUGCUCAUGAACGUCCUGGCCGAUGCUCUCAAGAGCAUCAACAAUGCCGAGAAGAGAGGCAAGCGCCAGGUUCUCAUCAGCCCGUGCUCCAAAGUCAUCGUCAGGUUUCUGACUGUGAUGAUGAAGCAUGGUUACAUUGGCAAGUUUGAAAUCAUUGAUGAUCACAGAGCUGGGAAGAUCGUGGUGAACCUCACCGGCAGGUUAAACAAGUGCGGAGUGAUCAGCCUCAGAUUUGACGUGCAGCUGAAAGAUCUAGAAAAAUGGCAGAAUAAUCUGCUUCCAUCCUGCCAGUUUGGUUUCAUUGUACUGACAACCUCAGCUGGCAUCAUGGACCAUGAAGAAACACAAUGA